AUGGUCGAUCUCGGCGUCUUCGAGAACAUCGCAGGACUCGAGUUUCAAGACGAGGCAGAGACCGACAUCGCGCCGGAGGACGACGCGCCAAUGCCUGCGGCUGACAAGGGUUCCAGCUCCGACGAGUUCGUGAGGGCCAGCUUCGCUCGGGCGGCUGCCGCCGCAGCCGCGGCUGCACUGGGCGAGCGCGAGAUCGGCAUCACCCAGUCCUUCAUGUACAGGCAUACCAACAUUUACAAUCUGGUGGACGGCAAGCGCCUACAGAACAUGCGCUACACAUGGAUCUUGGACCUGGACGAAUCCGCGAGCUCGACUGUCGUCUUGAAUUGCGAUUUGCUGAACCAGCGGGUCCAGUUCGACGGGCUCCAGUCCAGGACGGGUCCAACGUCUGGUGAGGCCAGCUUCACGACCAGCUUGGCGAGCUUGUGCGAGUUCUUCCAGCCGGAUGGUCGGCUUCGCUAUGCGAACAACUCGAACUACAAGAACGAGAUAAUGAUCCGCAAGGAGAGCCACGUCACGCAGGCUGUGAUGCGGGAGCUCAGGAAGACCAUCGAGGACAGCGAGAUCCUAAAGGAGGACGACAAUCACUGGCCUGCCCCAGACCGCGUGGGCCGGCAGGAAUUGGAGGUGGUUUGCGGCAAGGAGCACAUAUCCUUCACGACCUCGAAGAUAGGGUCUUUGGCGGACGUUCAGGCGUCCAAGGACCCCGAGGGCCUAAGGGUGUUCUAUUACCUGGUCCAGGACCUGAAGUGCUUCGUCUUCAGCCUGAUAGGCCACGCCAAUCCAUCCCCCUGCGAGGCAGCCGCUGUGCGCGCCAGCGAAGUGCUGCCCCCGUCAGAGAUCGCCGCUGCCACUGCCACGCUACACUGCCCCGCCUCGGUGGACGUGCUGCAGGCUGCAGAAGACCUGGCCGCGGAACACGGGCUGCGCGUGUCCGCCCGGGGACUCAGCUCCGUGACCUUCCUGGCCUCGCGGUCCUCGGACAAGCUCUCGCUGCUGCAGACCGGAGGGGCGCCCACCGACUCCUUCACUGGGGGCCGCACCAGCUUCAUGGGCGGCAGCUUCCUGGCAUCGGGCGGCGUCCGCGGCAGCUUCCUCGGCCGGCUGGUCGGCGCGGGGGCCGCCGAGGCGCAGGGGAGGGCGAGCGUGCAGGUGGACCCCGGAGACGCCGAGUUUGGCGGAAGGGUUAAGGCCAGGUUUUCGUGGACUACGUUGCGGGGGUCGUCAAGCGCUCCGUCUCGAACCCUUGCUUGGGUACCGUCGCGGAGAUCCACUACCAAGCAGCCAGUGGUCUCCGUCACGGCGGCUCCACCAGCAGACGGUUUCUUCAAUGCCUUUGUAGACUCCAUGGCAGAG